AUGGCGGACAACAACUUCCUCAACGUCUACACCGGACCAGACUCGGUUCGAAAAUAUUUCGACCCGGACUCAGCACCCCCUUUGCCCUUGGUAGAGCUGCCCGAGUGCCUCAACCCGUACCGGCAGGAUGGGGUACGAAUAUACGCUAAGAUGAUGCCGAUUCAUCCGGCGAACAACGUCAAGGCUAUGCCAGCCCUGAACAUGCUCGAGAAGAGCGUCAUACCCGGCAAGACAGACACCAUCAUCGAGUACAGCUCCGGCUCGACCGUCAUCUCCAUGUCCCUGAUCUCGCGGGUCUUCUACGGGAUCCCGGACGUGCGGGCGUUUCUCUCGAACAAGACCAGCGAGGCCAAGCUCAAGCUGAUGCAGUUCUUCGGACUGGACAUCACCCUCUUCGGCGGACCUUCGCAACCGGAGCCGCUCGACCAUCGCGGUGGCAUACGAGUCGCGCAGAAGAUGGCGGAGGAGUCGGAAAACAUUGUUAACCCGAAUCAGUACGACAACGACGACAACUGGAAGUCGCAUAUAAGAUGGACAGGCCCCCAGAUCCUGAAGCAGUUACCGCAAAUCAACCUUAUCUGCUCCGGCAUGGGCACUUCAGGGACCAUGACGGGACUGGGCACAUACUUCAAGGACGCCAAACCAUCCGUCUUCCGCCUAGGCGUCUGCACCGCAGCCGGCGACCGCGUCCCGGGCCCACGUUCCUUCGCCCUGCUCGCGCCCGUCGAGUUCCCGUGGAAAGCGUCCAUCGAUCACAUCGAAGAGGUCGGCUCGCACGACUCGUUCUCGCUGUCGCUCGACCUCACGCGCCAGGGCAUCGUCUGCGGGCCGUCGUCGGGCUUCAACCUCAAGGGCCUGUUCCAGUUCAUCGAGAAGCGCAAGACGGCGGGCACGCUGGCGGACCUGGCGACGGGCGAGGGCGGGAGUGAGAGCGCCGGCGAGAUUCAUUGCGUGUUCGUGUGCUGCGACCUGCCGUACCAGUACAUCAGCGAGUACUUUGACAAGCUGGGCCCGGAAUACUUCCCGCCUAUCCAUAAUGAGGCCCUGACCAAAGUCGACCUCUACCGCUACGACGAAGCCUGGGAGCGCGACCCCGCCUCGGCGCUCCCGCACUUCUUCGAUAUCGGCGACAUCCUGCGUCUCGUCUCGCGCAUGGGCUUCUCCGACACCAUCUCCGUGCAGGACAUCCUGACCCCCAAGCCCAACACCUUCAUCCUCGACCUCCGACAGCCGACCGACUACGCGCGCUUCCACCUCCCCGGCUCCGCGAACCUGGCCCUCGCCUGUCCCAGGGACCGAAGCCCGUUCUCGGACCCCGAGGUCCUGGCGGCGGUGUGGAAGAGGCUGGAUGCGAUGUUCGAGGCGCCCGACGCGGAACUCCUGGAGCUGGUCCGCGGACGGCGGGUUCUGGUGCUUUGCUAUGAUGGCGAUUGCUCGCGCGUGGCUACGAGUGUGCUGAGGGCGAAGGGGUUUGAGGCGGACAGUGUGCGUAGGGGGUUCACGGCGCUGGGGCACUUGAAUGCGGGCGUUGAGCAGCAGGGAGCGUGCGAAAAUGGAGGUGACGUGGCGGAGGAGUUCAAGCCGAAGAUGGUGUUUACGGGUGGCGUGGAGGUGAUACCGUCGCCGCCGCUUUCGGAGGGCGACGGGCCGGUAUAG